AUGGGACCGCCGCAGAGGCAGCAGCCGGAUCAGGCGCGGCCGCCGGCGGGGAGCGCGUGCGUGUGGGUGGUGGCGGUGGUUCUGCUCCUCGCCGUGCUGGCCGGCGGCGGGUGCCUGGGGCUCUACGUCACGCUGCCGCCGUCCGAGGUGCCGCAGUGGCUGCCGGCCACCGGGCUCGCGCUCGUCGCGCUCCCGUGGGCGUUCUGGAUCGCCACGUGCGCGUACCGGUUCUGCUGCUCGUCGGACACGGCGGCGGCGGCUCCGGCGGUGGCCAAUAUUGUGGAGCGGCGGUCGUCGUCGUCGAGGGCGGGCGCCGCCGCCGUGGCGCCCAUGCCCAGCACCAAGAGCCUCAAGAGCGCGCGCAGCACGAGGCACGCCAACGGGUCGCCCGCCUCGGGGUCGGGGUCGGGAUCCCCGACCGCCAGCAGCGCCGCGCGCCGGGUGCGCUUUGGAGACACCACGGUGCUCGGGGAGGACCACGCCACGCCGGAGAAUGACGACGGCUCGUCGGUGCACUCGAACGAGAGCGAGGCGCCUCUCGCAUACAACAUGCAAUCCUCGUGA